UUUGGAGCAGGAGAGGAUUUUUAAGGGAAUUUAUGCAGAGAGGUUGGGUAGUGUUGGUGGUUGUUGGGAUUUUGGGGUCACUGGGGGUGUGAAAGAGGGUUAUGAAAGGAUUCAGUGGGCAAAAGGAGAUUGAGAUAAGGAAAGAGAUUUUGGAAGGAUUGAUGGAGGAUGCUGUUUUGGAGGAUUUGUUGACUCUUCAGUGGGAGGAAAAUAGAGGAAUUUUUGUGCAAGCUACUUCAAAUAUUCCCUCAAGCAAAGAUACAAUGAAAAUUCCUUCAGAAUUGGUAUUUUCCGUCUACAACGAAUUCCCCUUUAAAGAUAUUCUUAUUGAUCCUAUUUAUGAUACUUUUGACAAAAAGAAAUUCUAUCAAGAAGUCCCUCUGAAUAAAAACGAUAGAGAAAAAGUCCUGACCACAAUAGAAAUGCUUAUAAACAUAAAUGUUGACAGAGAAGUAAUCAAUAAGAGAUUUCCAAAAUACAAGAAAACAUCCUUGUACAUAGAAGGGUGUUCUAAAUGAGAAGAUUACUUCCUGAGCCUCCCAACCAUUGAUUCCUUCAACCACCUAGCUUUUUGGAGCCAACAAGAAAUAGAUAUGUUUAAAGAGAUCACCUUUAGUGAGCCGAAGGUUAAGAAUAUCUCCUCUUUCUAUCAUGAGUUGCUAAGAGAGCUCAAAAGUUUGAAUACCCAAGAAUCUCUGUUUAUCAUAGAAGAAGUUCUCAGUGACAAGGAACAAUUCAAAUGGGCAUUCAAUAUUAUAGAAACACGUUGCUUUGAUUUUGAAGCUAAAAACUAUAAUUCAACAUUUUCAGAGCUAGCAACUGAUCAAGAGAACCAGAGAUUAAAUAAAAAGCUUGGGCUGACUAGACUACACUUGCUGCUGCCUAUUUUUGAUAUCCUAAACAUGAUUGUUCCUACAGAGAAAGAUUACCAAAAAAUUCAGUAUCACAUGAAUUCUAAAACACAAUACUUGUCUUUUUUCUUUGAUAAAAAGCCUGGCUUCCUCUAUCUCUCCAUUGGAGGUGAUUUUAUAGCAGGAGAAGAGUACGGAUUCGCAUAUACCCAAGACUUUUCUUGAGCUAACCUGAUUUCUCGAUAUGGCUUCAUGGCUCCAGAAGGUAUCCUUGAAGAAGUUAAAAUAGCCAUUCCAAAUGAACUCCCUAAGAAUGUCCUAACUUUAUGUAAACUGCUAAGAUGAACUGGAGCCAAGCCAAAUUCUCCAGUUUCAGACAAUUUAAAGUAUAAACUAACUCUUACAGAAUUUAUGAGGGAACAAGAGCAGUUUUUAAAUUAUUUCAGAAUCAAGCAUUUUCACAAUGUUCCAAGCAACCCUUCAACUCAAACUCUAAAAGCUUUAGCAAAGAAGAUCAAGAGAAAUUUCACUAAAUUCUCUUAUAUCACCUUCACUAACGAAAUAAUGGCAAUUACUGAUGCUUUGGAUGUGCUUUCUUUUAUAGCAACUUCUCGGAAUUUUACUGUCCCAGGAGAUGUAGUUAGCUUGAGUGAUGAAACUGAAUGAUCUGCUUUGGGAGUAAAUUUACAGGAUCACUGUAGUGAUCAGAUGAAAUAUAGGGAGAAAAUUAUCUAUAGUUGAGCAAUUAGUCAACAUAACAUAAUUUUUAAGCAUAUAGCGUAUCUUCAUAGCAAGCUAAAUAAACUACUUGUGCGUGAAUUUUAGAAAGGA